UCGUUAACUUGAUUAUAAGAACUUGACAUUGCUUGGAUUUCCAGCGCAUAUCUGGAAAAUAAACAAACAAAUUCAAUUACGAAAAUGUCGUUUUGCUGGUGAAGCCGCCAACCAGGAAAUAGAGCAGAAUUAAUGGCUGGGUGUUGUGCACACUUUGUGAGAUUGAUUAAAACUGGACCCCAGGAGGCUGUGCAAAGGAGAAUUGAAUAUCCCUUUGAGGUGUCUGAUGUUCUGAAUAUCUUCAAGCCUCUGUACAGCUAACAUGGAAGACUUGGAGGUUGAGAGAGUGUCCCUUGCUCUCAUGGAUGCAGCGAAUGACAAGGAUCCGCUGGUCCAGGAGCAAGUCAGGAAGUCCAUGCUUACCUUGGGGGAACACCAGCCUGACAAGAUCCUCAGCAUGUGCCAAGACUACCUGGUUAAGCACCCCAAGCUGGUUAUGAGGCACCGGGUUAUUAUACUGCAGACUAUUGAGAUGGUGGUAAAGAGCAAGAUUGAUGAUAUUAGCACUCCAAAAAUCAAAAGCACCAUUUCUUUGGCUUCGGGUGAGAUGACCAGAUCCAAGGAAGUAAUUCCUGAUUGGCAGCAAGCAGCCAGCAACAUUCUGGUUGCUGUGGGCAACAAGCACAUUAAUGACAUCAUGGAGGAGAUUCUGAGCAAAUUCCAGCCGGGAAUCUUGCCUCAUUUUUUUGUGGUCCAAACACUAGCCAAUCUUUCGGAUUCUAAUGUGUAUGGUAUGGUGCCCUUCCUGAAUGCUAUCCUGGGCACCAUGCUGCCCAUGCUGGGAAUGGCAAAGCAAGACAACAUGAAGUGGGUUUUCUCGUCUGCUCUGGCCCAUUUCAGUGAGAGCAUUCUGGAAUACCUGGCUAACCUUGACAAGGCUCCAGACCCCACUGUGAGGAAGGACACCUUCUCCAGCGAAAUCUACGCUGCUUACGACAUUCUCUUCAGCAACUGGCUGCAGAGCAGGGAGACCAAGCUGAGACUGACUGUGGUUGAAGCUCUGGGCCCUAUGAGUCACCUGAUGGCCCAUGAUAAGCUGGAGGAGCAGCUGCCCAGACUGAUCCCAGCCAUCCUGUCUCUGUACAAGAAGAAUACAGAGCACUACAUCAUUAGCAAGAGCCUGUGUCAGGUUUUGGAUGCCUCUGUGAAUAUGGGCAGUCGCUUGCUGGAGACACAGCUUGAUAAUCUACUGGGUGCCAUGCACCAGCAGGUCUGUGCUCCUGUGGACUAUAACAAUCCACCAACUGUGAAAAACCAUAAUGAGAUCCUGCGCUGCUUCAGCAUCCUAGCGAAUACUUUUCCUGACCGCUUGACAGGCUUUGUGCUCCAAAGACUGGAUAAUAGCAACGAGCGCAAUCGAAUAGGGAGCCUGUCAGUGCUGCGGCACCUCAUCAAUUCAACCACUUCUAUAAUGGAGAUGAAGAAGCCCCUGGUCCUUGCCACUAUGAGGCAACCACUGCAGGACAACAGCAACAAGGUGAAGAAAGUGAUAGUUCAGGUUAUCAGCGCUAUGGCCCAUCAUGGAUACCUGGAGCUGGAGGGUGGAGAUGUGCUUGUGAAGUACAUCGUCCAACACUGCGCCCUCCCCGACAGUGUGAAUCGCAACCGUCUACCCUCGGACCCAGAGGAUGUUACUAACGAAUCUCUCCGGGGCAUGUGUGAGAACACCCUACACCUGUUUACUACCACCGUGGGAAGGAUGGCUGAUAUCCUAUGGCCAGGCUUGCUUGAGUAUAUGACACCAGUGCAGUACACCAAUGCUAUGACACCUCUGUGCAAGAGUCUCAUUUUGCUGGGUAACAAGAAGAAAUCAGCAAAGGACACCAGCUUCAUGAUUGAUUUCAAUGGGCAAGUUAGUCUUCCUACACCGUAUGUACUGAUGACAAGGCUGCUGGUCAAUGCCUCUUUCCCAUUCCGAGGCCGAGGUCGCGGUGCCCCAUCUCUUAACCUGCUCGGAGUCUUGGGCCCCAACAUCCAUUCAAACACAGAGAGGCUAUGGGGAGAAGAGAUCCCUGCGUUAGGGCAGUACCUUGAAGAAUCAACUGUCGAAUCAAUAGAUAUGAAGAAGUGGGAGGAAAGCCUGCUUGAGUUCUUGUCCAAAACUGUGGUGGCCAUUUCCGAUGACAGAUGGACCUGUGGGCUGGUAAUGGAGAUGACCAAAUACCUCCCCAGCUACAACCUCUUCUUGGAAGAGAAGAGUUUCCUCUACAAGUGUAUUGGAGUGACUCUCCGGCAGUCCUUCAACAAAGAUGUGGUUCGGACACAGCUGCAUGAGAUACUGGUGAUCGCACGCCAUAGUGACCUCAUCGAGAGAGAGGGAAUCGCAGUCGGUAUUGGACUGUGUGCCAGUAGCCACCUUGAUGAAACUUUGGAAAAACUUGCUGAUUUUGGGAAGUCUGACAUCUUCAGGAAAGCUUCAGGAAUAUUUGGCCUUCUUAAGGACAAGAAUGACAUGGACAUCGAGAAGCUGAAGAGCACGCUCAUUUUGUGCUAUGGAUAUGUUGCGCUACACGGCCCUGAGGACCAAAUACUUGGCAGGAUUGAGCCCGACAUUCUGCACAGCAUCAGCAAACACUUCAACACCAAGGUUCUGGGGAUAAAAGUAGAGACCAAGGACUUGACAAUGAAGCUGAGCCUGAUAAAGAGCAUCGGUCUGAUCGCUCAGGCUGGGAACGUCUGCGCCCGGAGACAGGAAUACAUUUUCCCUCGAAAGCAGGAAUUGCUGGGUGUCAUGCUGGAUUUCAUUAAAUCUGAACCACUAGAUGUAUUGAAGACUCCACUUCGCCAGCAGGCUAUGAUCACAUGCGCCAAUUUAGUUAAGCUGGACCCUGUGCUGAGUGAGAAUGAGAACUUUGACAUGAUCCGGACCUGUCUGAACACUGUGUUUGGCCUCCCCCCUGUGGAAAUUGACAAGGGAAAGGAUGACGAAGUCUUGGACUUGCAGCAAAGAGAGGUACUAUACGGAGAGACCUUCAGGGCUCUGCAGAGUUUGCUGAAGAAUGUUUUGUAUCGUGACCUGAGCCCGGAUGGGCUCCAAAGUAUAUUCAAGCACAUUGAGGUGUGGCUGAGCUCCCCUCGAGACUUAGAACGGGAGAGGGCAGUAAAGGCCACCUCUGAACUGCUGGAGUUUUACCUGGAGAAUCUGAACGUCAAGAAUAUGAUAUCAUUCCAUAACCUGGGUGCACUGCUUGGUCGCUUAGCUCCGAGAGGCUCAGACCCACAGUCCAGUGUGCGCAAGGAGGCCAUGGACUGCAUAUACACACUGUUGUACAUCCAGCUGCGCUAUGAAGGGUAUGCACUUGACUAUCAAGAUGAAUCGGUAGAAAGCCUGAUAAUGCUUAGGGACAAGCUGGACAAUCCAGACCACGCCGUCCUGUACCGGACCUGCUCUGAGCUCACCAAGAUCAUCAGCAAGCGCCUGCCUCAGCAGCAGUUGAACACCCUCAUCUUCAUGCUGUUUGAGGGGCUUGUGGAUUCACAGCCCAACUGCGCCCGCGCUUCCAGUGUCGUCUUAAACACCAUCCUGAAAACACGGGGGGCUGGUCUGCAAGACCUGGUUCCUGAAAUCCUGGAGGUUCUGCACAUUCGCCUCCAGGUGAUUGCAGAGGAGCAGGUGAAGGUGGCUGUAGGGCAGUCCAUUCUUAUUCUGGCCACGCAACACCUCAACACAGUCGUCAAUACCCUGAUCUCCUACCCACUGCCCUUCGACAACUGGUCUUGUGAGAUGUGGCUGGCUCUUGGUGCCGAUAGCACUCUAGCUUCUCAGAUCAUGGAAUUAAUGAUUGAGAAGCUGAAUGUCAUGGUCCCGUAUGUGGAGAAGAAGGAGUCAAUGCUGAGAUCCAGCAUGGCAAGAGUGGCAACUAGCCAACCCCUAGCUAUGACUUGCGCACUGCGUGAAAUUAUGCUGAACGGCAAGACUUUGGCGGCUGUUUCAGGCAUGUUUCCUCGCCUGUUCGGUGCCCUCCUGGUGCGUGUGGGCUCAAGCGUUGGGGUGCAGCUCCCCAAGGACAUCAACAGCAACAGCAUUGGCCUGGAGAGGAAACCCUCCAGCAAGACGGCUCUACACUUUGAUGUCUGUGGUGUUGCAGUGGAGGCACUGCGUAUACUACUGGCUCGAGCCCAGCUCGACGAUGUGGUUAAACCGUUGGAUCAGGAUGGAGUUUGGGAGCAGAUGAAGGACCCGCAGCAACAUGCCGCCGGGGUCACUCUCCUGGCCAGAGCCAUGGCUAAGCAUGCAGGCCCUCGACUUCCUGAAAUUGUGGAAAGCCUCUGUCCAAGCCUGAGCAAUAUCUAUGAAUGCCAGAGAAUUACAGUGACGGCAUUCUUCUCAGAGCUGCUGAACCACCACGUUGUGUCGGAGCUGAUGAUGAUGGAUGUGCUCAUGAACAGCAUGAUGGAGAGGAUAUCGGACCCCUCGAGCACCACACGCAUGCUGUCUGUCCGGGGUCUGGGCAACAUGGCUGUGGGCUCUCCAGAGAAGGUUAACAAGUACGCCAAAGAGCUGCUCGCUGCAAUGAGCUCAGGAAUGGAGGAGAGGGAUGAUCCCAGCAAGCAGAUUGCAUUAGAAGCCAUGUCUGGCCUCUCAAAGGUCCUUGUGUACCUGGACAAGAAGAACGUUCAGCUGCUUGUGGUCUACAUCUUCAUGAAGAUCAAGCCUUUCUUGGAGAGUGAGAAUGAUGAGAUCCGUUCUACGUCCAUCACCCUGUUAGGAAACCUCUCGAAGUUUGGAUCAGGAGAACCUGUCUUUAAGGACCAGAUCCACAAUGUCCUGGUCAGCCUCUUGCUGCACCUCAAUGACCCAAGCCCAGAGGUUGUUAAGGCAUGCAAGUUUGCUAUGCGGGAGUGUGCCCCAGUGGUUGGCUCCAGCCAGAUCACAACGAUGUUUCAGAACCACCUGCACGAGGACAGAGGACUUCACUACGGGGAAUUUAUCAAUGACCUGACCAAGUACAUUAUUCAGGACUUCCCAAGCAUGCUGAACUUUUACCAUAUCACCGUCAUUCAGUUCUUCAAGAGUAACUGGGCUGAGGUCAGAGCUAGUGCUGCAAUGUUUAUAGGGUUUCUGCUUGGAAACCUUCCAGAAGAUUAUUUCUCGCACAUGAACAUGGGAAACGUCACCAAGGGUCUUGUACUUCUGCUCCAAGAUCCUGAGCCCUUGGUCAGGGCGAAGGCUGCAGAAGCCAUGGGCCGAUUCCAUCAGUUUUAAACCAGCAGUUUUCAAACCAUCGAAUUGCAUAUCUGUUACAGCAUCCGCCAAAAACAGACCCUGACUAGAUAUUCAGAAAAGCACAUGCUCUUCCCCAUCUCAACCUCCAGAACUGUGGAAGAAAAGAACUGGGUCUGGGAAGGAGGAUAAAUACAUGGUAUAAAGAUGGCAAUAAGAGUGGUUGACUAUUCAUUCAUUUUACGGUGGCUCUUUUCUUUUUCUUCUCUUCCCUCACUGAUUCAUUCUGAAUGCUGUGAGCUUCCCAGCGAUGUCAAGUGCCAGAUCUGUUUGCUACAGACUUAAUUUUUGUUACUAUCCCAACAGUUCCUGUGUUAUGGUAACGAGGGAACCUGCAUUGGAAGUGGGGUCAGUAGCAGUAACCUAUAUGUAAAAGAUGUCUUUGUAUCAAGAUAAGUGGAGUUUAACCUUCAUCCCCCCCCCCCCCCCCCCCUUCCCAACCACUGUGAUAAGUGUUCCCACAUUGAGAAUGUUUGCACUGCUGUGACUGCAUCAGGUGUUGCGUAUGUAUGCUUUGCCUGUCAAGGGUCAUUGCUUAUGUCCUGUUCAGUUCUGUCUUGCAUGUGUAUAUAACCAAACCAUAUACAGCGCUUAUGAUGCAAGACUGUAUAUCGAGAGUGCUUGGGUGUCAAGCAAGAUGAUCUGAAGUGAAGUCAGUAUGGAAUGGGGUUUUACUCCCAUGGAAUUGAAACUGAGCAAGCUCAUCUGAUAAAGGGCUUUUAUCCCUGGUGAUUAAAUUGGAGGCUUGCUGUAUGUAGACGGCAAUACAUAGGAUGCAUAAUAUAAAUAACUAAGCAAAAAUUACAGGCAUUCCUUUGCACGAGUACCACAUGGUUUCAUAUGCUAGGUCAUCUUACGCUACUUUUUAAAGUGAACUGGCAUCUGGUUACAUCUUAGGUAGUUUUACUUGAUGCGGAUGUAGGUCAUUGGGACAUGUGCAUUCCAUGGCUCCAAUCAUGUGUUGUGUUUUUUAUGUCCUUGGCAGGCCGGAUGUGUGUUUUGCUUAUAUUCUGUGUUUGAUUUCAUCAUCGGUCAUGGUCAGAAAUGAGUUCUAGUCUGGCUUAAAAUCAUGUAGCUCCUUGUAGCGUGAAUAUGGGCACUGCCAGAAGAUAGAGGCACACAAAAACACAGCUGCUAGGCCCCUGUGCUAAGGAAUGGUGUGGUGUAUGUAAUUAAAAUAUUAUACGGGACAUAUACAGUAUUGUCAAUGUACAAUCACUAUACAUAUAACAAAAAAAGAACCUGCAGCUUUCUACAUUCAGCAUUAUUGAUUUAGUGGGUUUUUUUCAUACUCUAUGGUUUAGGGUUAUAUAUUUUUUGCUUGUACUUUAAGGGGUAAGGGUCUUGUCAGUGAUCUUUCAGUAAUGUGUUGGUUCCUUUAUAUAUUUCUGAGGCUCACUGCUACUUUUACUGUACUGUUUGUGCCUCAUGUUUACUGAUCAUUAAGAAAAGAGGUACAAACAGCACUGAGUGUACCAAUCUGAUUUCGUAGCACGAUAGCUGUCUCAAGUGUAAAAUAAAGGCGGUUGUAAAUUGA